UGGUCCUCAUCGUGGAGACUGGUAUUUCCCUGAUGGAACUAGACUGCCUUUCAAUGGAGAUGGUGAUAUCUAUGAGAAUCGUGUAUCUCAGAGAGUUCACUUACAUCGUAGGAACAGUGCUAACUCACCAGUUGGUAUCUAUCGCUGUCAUAUUCCAACUAGUGCUGUCCAUGACCAUGAUAUCUCAGUGAGAGACACGGUCUAUGUGGGACUGUACAGUACUACAGGUGGAGGUGUGAUCACAAUAUCUGGAGAGUUUCAAAUGACAUUUUCUGAAGUCUCAGACCUCAAUGGAGCCAGUCCUC